AUGGAGCCGGUGGAGUCGGCCAAGUGCGAGUGCUGCGAGCUGCGGGAGGACUGCACGCGGGGGUACAUCGUGGGCGUGAAGGCGGACUUCGGCGGGCGGUGGCUGUGCGGGCUCUGCUCCGAGGCGGUGAGGGAGGAGGGCAGGAAGCACGGGAUGGAGGCGGCGCUGCAGGACCACAUGGCCUUCUGCGCCGGCUGGUGCCGCGGCAAGGGCCCCGCGCUCCGGGUCGCCGACGGCAUGCGCCAGAUGCUGCUCCGCCGCCGCCGCCCCAUCUCCAUCUCCAAGUGA